GAGGGCCUCAAAGCAGACAAGUUAGUGUGCUGUGGUGUUCAACACGCUCCAUUGUUCUGGGAUGUAACACAUUAACCUGCAAAUCUGGCCCUAGAGCUUCCUGGCCUGGGACGUGUCUUUGACAAACCUCUCACUUUGUACCCGAGCAGCCCAGCCAGCAUUGUCUCUCCUUGGCACCAUGCUCCUCUUCCUCCACCUCCAAGCAGACGACUCUGCUUGUCCUUGGUUCUGCAGGGCUUUUCUGCUGUUGUUUUGUGACUGUACCUAACUCAGUUGCAGUACGCACCAGAAAGUAUGCCAAAACUCUGCGCGGGAAGAAAGCAGGAGAAAGUCUUCCACUGCUGGGUACACACACCAAAAACCGGCAGCCCCCAAAUGGCAAGGCAAAGCUGUGGAUGGGAAGAGGAAAAGGAAAGGGGUGACGUGGCCAGCUCCUACUGACAAGAUCACCGACACGUGAGGGGAAGCCGUCACCAGUGCGAUGAGAUUGUGAGGUGAGUCUCCUGACACAGUCUCUGGGCACAGGUCCGCUCUGCGAGCUCAAGCGAGCAGGCUGAAGCGAAGCGGGGUGUCCCCAGCAGCUGCUGCCAGCCCUUUUCACCUGGCAGGCCUGGCCCUGUGGUUGGUGCCCCUGUGGCAGUGCUGAUCCCAGGAGUGAGGGAGGUAGGAGGCUGGGGAUGGGCAGGUGGGAGAUGCCGCCCGGCCAGGGAUGGAGCUGGAGCCUGUCCAAGGCAUAGCAGGGGUUGGGGUCCUUCCCAGCCUGGCCUGGGGCUGACGAGGGAGUGUGGGCAGAGAUGGCGAGCGUUGGGAGCUCCAGUGCUCCUCAUCUGCCUCUCCUUUCUUGUCUUCCAUAGGAGGUGCUGGGAGGGGGACGAGGCACCCCCCAGAGCAGGAGCUUCACCAUGGCGGAGACCACCUCAGCAGACUUCAUGCUGAACUACACGGUUUCUGGAUACAUGGGCUCUUUUGAAAACACCACAUCAGAAUGCUUCACGCUGAGUUAUCAAUCUAGGGUCCUUUUAGGUGUCUGUAUGGGGGUUUCUUUCUGUGGACUCGUGGAUAACGCGAUAGUCAUGCGAUUCCUGUUCUUCCACACAAAGAAGAACCCAUUCACUAUCUACACUCUAAACCUGGCUGUUGCUGACUUCUCUCUGCUCCUCCUCUUUUCUCUGCUCAUGUUGUUAAUUUUGACCUUAACCAUUUGUUCUCUCUUUAACAGUCUUUUUUUUUCCUAUGUGACACUUCAUUAUAUAAUUGGAUUUUUAUGCCACUUCUUUCAUCUCAGCAGCCUGGGUCUCCUUACUGCAAUCAGUGUGGAGCGGUGUGUCUCUGUCCUCUUCCCAAUCUGGUAUCGAUGCCGUCGUCCAAAGCACUUGUCGGGCAUCGUGAGUGGGUUGCUGUGGGCUUUCAGUGGAUCUUUUGUUUUCCUGAUGUAUCUUAGCUUCAGCUUUAGUGAAGAACACCUGGAAGCACUUGGAGCUGUAGCCACUGCAAUCUGUGUGAUGUUUUCAUCGAUUAUGUUGAUUUCCAACCUGUCCCUGUUCAUCAAACUCCGAUGUGGCUUUCAGAGACGACACCCAGGGAAACUCUAUAUUGCUAUCCUGAUCAGCGUGAUCUUCUUCUUUGCCUUUGCCAUGCCUUUCAGCGUGGAGGUAUUUCUCAACCUUGCAAAUAGUCAGGAAUUGUUUCCCAAAGACCCAUCUCUGUUGCUGGCGAUGCUGAACAGCAGCACCAAUCCUGUCAUUUACUUCCUGGUGGGGUGCUGCCAGCAGCGCCGCUCGCUGUGCUCAGUGACAGCUGCCCUCCGCAGAGUGUUCGAAGAGAAAGAGACAAGCGAGGAGGGGAGCCACACAACUGAGGACAAAACGGCCGAGACCAUGGUGUGAAACGCUGCUGGUGAGGAGGCCUGGAGAUGCGGAGCCUCACCAGUGGGCUGCUGGGGAGAGACAGCUGGAGCUCAACGGGAGGGUGUGUGGCACUGGGCUGGCACGGCGCUGCCCAGCCAGGCCCUGUCCAUGUGCGUGGGCUGUAUUCCCCGUUGCAAUGAUCCUCCUAGCCCCGGUGCUGUGAAUAAAUGCUGGUUCCCCGUGGUCAGCAGAUGCGUUUCAUGGUCUUUGCCAUCAUCUGCCGAGGGAGAGUCUGGCACGCGAUUCCUGGGCGAUCUCAGGCCACCUCUGCUAUUCGAGAAAGGCAGAGUUCUUGAAAAAGGAUUGCACAAACGGGCAAGACAAUGGAUCUGAGCGAGAAACAGGGGUAGAGAAGUGGGGUAGAGAAGAAGACAUGGGGUAAUAUUACAGUUCAGGGGAUGGAGAGGAGGGAGGGAGAAGGAGAGCAUGUGAAAGAUGAAAAAGCACAGUGAACUGUCCCCGUGGUGCAGAUGAAUAAGAUUCGGUGCGACAAGAAUCUCUAACAGAUAAAACACCAUUUUCAGCCCUCUCCAACUUUCCGAUGCAAUCUGGGCAGUUUGAUAAGAGGCAGCGGGCGAAGCCCCCCCCGAUGCUGUCAUACAACCACGUGCUGCUGGUUUCCCAGUGUGGAGGGGGGGUCUCCUGGUCCAGCACCAGGUACAAGCAGCGGAACCCAGUGAAGUGGAACGGCCAGGUCACAGCCUGAACCAGUGCGUGAGCACCCGGGGUGCCCGGAGUUGCUACGGGCAGCCCAAGUCCGCCCUCCCUUCCUCCCCGCGUCUCAGCGCUACCCCGCGGCUGCGCUUCCGGCGGCGCGUGUGCACUCAGAGCGCAUGCGCAAGCUUCCCCCUUCCGGUUUCCGGUUUCCGGUUUCUUUCAGCGCCGCGGCGGGAUUCAAACCGGCGAAGGUUCCGCGCCUCGCCUCGCCCUCUCCUUCAAACGGUUGCUGGGAGGGAGUGGCAGUAGAUCUCUCACAGUGGCAAAUCAUCAGACCCUGACUCACAGGAGAAAGCAGCCGAAACAGCCUCUAAUUCUGAGGUAAGGUGAAAGGAAGAUCCAGUGGUUAAGUGCUCUCCUAGUCUUUAGAUGACCCAGUGCAGCACCCUCCUCUGCCACAAUCUAUCUAAUGUGACCCGAAGCAAAUUUUUAAUUGAUUUGUACGGGACCCAAACAUUGAACUUUCACUUGGCUCUGUCUAAGCCCGCUCCCAACUUCUGAGCCCCUAUUAGGAAAGCAGUCAUUCAACCUCCCUCUGCAAUCGCCUCCGGAAGGCAGUUCAUCCCAUCCUGCAGAGGUGUGUCUGUCCGUGCUGUGCAGUCAGGCAAGGGCAGGUGACCAGCUGUCUGGCAUAAGCUGGUUGAGCAGAAUUCCUUAAUGUUAAAUGCCACGGCCUCAGAACUAGCACACAUUGGUUCCUUUUACUAAAUUAAUAUAUUGGUACUUAAGCUAAUAUAUCGAUCCCUCUUGUUAAGCCAGCCUGUAUCACCUUCUACCACUGGCAAUGUAUGCAUAGAGACUGUCAGGUACAGAUACUAGAUGCAAUGAAUGCCCUGUGGGUAGAUGACAAAACGUCAGUAAUUUUGCAUUCCACUGUAAUGGAAAUGAAGAUAUCCUUCUCUGGCUGGGGGAAAGAACACCCAAAAAGUCACUUACUAGACAGAGUCUAGGUGGUCAUUUUCUUUCUCAGGAUUAAGCAUCCUGCCUGUGGUUUACGUGCUGAGUAGCGUGAGUUUUUGUGGCAGAUGUCAGUCAGAACAGCCUCGAUACUGCAAAGACCCUGGACACAAAGCUAUGCUGUUGUAUUUUCUUGGCUAAUCUUAAAUGAUCAUCUAAGAUGAAAGCUGCGAAUGGCUUUGAAUAGUUGCCUCUUCUAUUACAGAGGUGCAUUUAUAGCACUUGAUUGUGGAAAGGUGUUCCCAGAAUGAAGCUUUCCCCAUCGUGAAAAUAGUCAUGACAAUCAAGCACCUACAGUCAAUUUCUAAUCAGCGGGAGAGGGAAAUGUUUGAUUUCUUUUCUGCCAUUUUUUCCCCUCCCUUCUCAUUAUUGUCUCUCCAAAACCGUGAUAAAAAGCAUUAGACAAGAGUGCAACGGCAAAGACAAUCAUUUCAAAAUUUCUCACCUUUUUGUAGAUUCCUUGGAACUUCAGCGACCUAUUUGCAGCAGCUGCCUGGUAUGGUUAUGCCAGGGAAAAUUAUAACCUGAAUUCUGUGACACGUGGUCCAGAUAAAACACUCGUGUUAUUGCUCGUGUCUGCACUGUAGCGCUGGGCUAUUCAAAGACUGCUUAAAAAGCCGUGGUCUUUUCAAUGUGCUAAGAACCAGCCAAUCACUCUCUUGGGGAAACAUCUAGUUAGUUUUGUGUGGUCACUCAGAUUUGAACUUCUUCCCCUUUCCCUCUGCACGGAACCUGUCAUUUUCAUGGCAUCGGAAAUGUGUUCUUUUUACCACUUCUCCCUUCUUCAUCGAGUCUAACAAACUAUGAAAGCAAGAACUGCCUGUCCAAAGUUAUACUUCGCCUUAUGCACUGAUGCUUCAUUUCCCAUCUGAAUCCUUGAAAUGCUGCAGUUUCAGUCCUUGCAGAAAAUGCCUUACUACUGCUCUUGGGUGACACAGGUUGAGAAAUUGUCAGUCCUCUUCCAUAACGCCUGCUGCUCGUUUCACAACUUCCCUCUGCACAGCUUCUCAUUCUCCAAGGGCCCGUUGUCAAACGUGUCAAAUUUCCUUUAACACACCCACCACUCUUCUGACCCCCAGCCUCUAGUUUAGUCCCUACCGCUUCACACUGGCUCUCCUGGAGGAGGGUCCAUCCAACCUCCAUAGCCUCACCACACCUCAGGAGCUGCAAUGGCUUAGUCUCUCCUACUGCUGCCUUUAGUAUGCAAUGCCUGCUCCCGAUGUCGCCAACUCUUUAAAUGCAGCUUCAAACCCCACGGUAUUACCUGCCACUUCUCCCUGUCCUGGCUCAGUCCUUCACCACACCUCAGGCACUUCUGAUUGCACGGACUCUAACCUCACGCCUUCCGCUUCUAGCUUCACAGUUUCCCCCUGCUCACCAUCAUGCUCACGUCUCUUCCUCAUCUCAUGCUUGUCGGUGUUCAAAACCCAUCUGAUUUCCAUUUUCUCAGGCAUUCUCUGCCAGGAGAUGAUUACCUUACUUUGGCUGUUAUUGAGCCAGUCCGGAUUUCAAGACAUUUCGACAAAACAAAGCAAUGGUCAGUGGCAGAAACAAUUUUUCAUAGGCAUCCAAAAGGCAGAAGCUAAAACUACACAGCAGAUUUCAGAGCAAUUAUGAAUUUGAGGUCUUGAUCGAGCUGAUGCCUGAAUUAUCAUGCCCAUUUGUUUUAUCAUGCUUUGUUCCAUUGAUUGAGUUUUGACUGCAGGUGCUAAGACGAGGUCCUAUACGACAGCAAGAUUUGUCAACCCCGAGUGACUUUGUUCAAAAUGCACAAAGAUUUAGAAGUACCGUUUUAUUUCUCACAGUGCUAGAAAGUGGGUCUAAUGCUUCUCUACACUUUGGAAAACAACGGUGCUGCCAGUCUUGUUGAACAAAGGACUCUGGAAAGGUUUAACUAGACUAAUGCACUGCACACACUUGUCCAGUUCGAUAUUCAGCUAACCCACUGGCUGUUAUUUCUAGUGGAGAAAUCCUGAAAUGUUUCCAUAAUAUUGUCAUCACAGAGUGGUGACUGUUUCUUUAAAACAUAUUUGCUUAAACUUCUCAGUUAGGAAAGAAUUCUUAUCUCCUUUGCCCCUUCCUUUCAUGCCUCCCUCCUCUCGUCCCAAGAGCCCUUCAGGUGAGAGAUUUCCUUGGAGAGUGUUGAAGAGAGGCACUUAAAUGGUUUUCUUCUCAGCCCUUCUCUCUGCUCCUGGGCUAUGAAAGCAUCACUCAAUGCACCCAUUAUCCAGGCAGCCCACGAAAGCUGAUCUCAUAUAGACAGGAAACAUCAGGGCAAACUUGUGAUACAGGAAAGCAAGAAACUGAAUUGGAUGGGAUUAUACUAAGCGAGUGUUGGAAACUUUACUUUCCAUAUUCUUUCAAAACUCUGUGCUCUAAGACAGCCCGACCAGCAAAUGCAGAUAUUGAGGACAGAAAAUCAUACAGAUCUUACACAAAAAAUUAGACCAGCAAAUACAGAGGAGGCAAAUUUUCCAGCUUCUCUGUCUUCAUUCAUUUUUCUUAUGUUCCCUUCCCUUCCCUUCCUUUCCCUUCCCUUCCCCUUCCCUCUUCACUUUCCUGUUCCCUUGAACAAACAUGAAAAUAGAAAAAGCAGUUUUCACUGAAAUGAUCAACUCUCAGUUAUCUUUCACUGGAACUAUGUACAAGGCUAGUUCUGCAGCCCUGCUUGGAUAAUUUUGUUUUCAUUCUUUUGUUUCCCAUUAAACACCUUAGGUUUUAGUGAAAAAUGCACGCGGUAAGGAGAAGGUAACAUUUUUUUCACGCUUUUUGUAACGUUAGCAGUCCAAGUUGUAUUUAUUUUUACUUGGCAGCUGAUUGCAUUAUAUCGUACACUAGUCUGUCCCUGAAAAGAUUCUUUAAGAGGUGAGUCAUCUUUUGGGAAUCCUUUACUGAAUUAGUCAUAUCUGUCAUCCUCCUAGAGUCAGCAGAAAUGAAUAGGCACCUCCAUCAGCCUAAGCCGGUCAUGAAUUGCUCUGCAAAGGCAGAAAAGCAUUGAAUAUGACAAGCUCAGAUAUAGAUGCCUAUGUGACAUAAGUCAAUGAGGUGGGAUGAGGCGGGUUAAUAUUUUGCACAGUGCAAUUUGGCGGUGGUGGCAGGGACCUCACCAAGAGGGAUACACUGCAAAGCUUUCUGUGCUGUGACUAUGUCUUACCUUUACAAUCCUUUCGAGAACAUACACCUUGGUUUAGCUGAGGAGUUUCCCACCUGCUGCACGGUUUUCCUUGAUAAUUUUUCUUUUCCUCACUCUCUUCUCCAGUUGCUUUGCUAGUGGGACUGGUGGUGUUUGCUUCCAGUUCUGCUCUGGCUUGGACAGAGUCCGUUUGUUUCUUUUCCACUGGGUACAGCACGGCCAUAAAUGUGCACCGUGUUUGUCCUUCUAUUUCCUGUAGAAAACCCGCGUGAGUGAUAAGUUAAAAGAAGAGAGGAAGGAAGGAAGGAAGGGAGAGAGAACAAUUUGGUAAGGCUACGCAGAAAUCGGUAUCAUGUUGUUCUUACUGAUGUUUUUUUUCUUUUUCCUCUAGAUAUAUACUAGAAGAGGAAGUAUCCAUGCAAAUUUACUCUUCUUGAAUAUCUUUUACCUACCGUUAAUGCAACUCUGCACCCGUCAGUAAGUAACUGCCCUGCAUUUAUUCUGCCGCUCGUGCAGGCUCGUUCUGCCCUGUCACGGGUGCCUUAAUGAAGAGGAAAGGCAGCGAAGCCCUCACCCAGCGAGGCCGUGGACCGGUACGUCCCCAGCAUCGCGUCCUGGCAGAGCGCUUGCUGCGCCCACUCCUCCCUGCUGAAAUACACGGCCACCUCCACAAAGCUCGCAGGCUCCACGAGGCAAAGUGCUCCUCCUUGCUGGGAACAGCCAAGGCCCAUGGAGGCAGCUCGCAGAGGGGAGAAACUCCAGUCCCAGUGGGUUCUCUGUCCCCAGUGCACAGAUGCUGGCUGAGGGCAUCUCGUUGUCCCCCUGCACUCCCACCUCUCGCCCCUUGCCCUCUCCUGGCUGCUUCCCCCAGCCCCUACCUGAGCUGGAUGUGCUGCAGCCCUGUGCUGCUCUCCUGCAGGCUGCAUCGACCGCAGGUGAAAGGCAGAUGUUACACUGGAGCCUGCUGGGACAAGAGAAACGGCAGGGGAGGUGGGAGGGAAUGCAGCAGCCCCUGUCCAUGACAACUGUUGUAAGUGAGAAACGAGAUCAUUAGGGGCUGUAAAACAGUGAUGGGGGGAAAGGUGUUAUCUGCAGAAUGCCAAGUUUGGAAAUUACACAUGAAGCAAAAGAGAACAGCAAUAAACAGGAACAGGGAGCAGAAACUAAA